CCUGUGUCAGCCACCGCACUACCAUUAUCAUCCACAUUCCACAUUACUGUUGCUCGAAAUUCUUUUUUAAAAUACUGUAUCACAGUUACGAACUUCCGUAGAAGUGCACAGCAGCCAGGAUAUACCAGCAAUGCGACAGUUAACUGCUGCUGACAACUACCUUUUUAUCCCGAUCUGUGAUUCAUGGGCGUAAUUCUAUGCGGAUCAAUGAUCAAUCGAUAAAGAUACGUAGCUUGCUGCUUGGGAAUCCAAGCACACUUAAAGUGCAUUCAUUCAAGUUUAUGAGCAGACCUGUCAAGAUUAAAGUUUCGUAUUUGGAUAACUGGAUUGAUUCCCAGGAGAGUGACGAUCAUUUCUGGCGCCUUGAUUUAACAUCGGAGACCGCGAGUGGCAACGGGAGCGACUAUUUUUUUUGCAAAAAUCCGCUCCUGAAUCGAAGUGCGACACUGCGAGUCAAUUAAAGAAACGGAUAGAGUAGUGAUCUGCUGAAGAUGGAUCCUUGGAAAAUCCAGCCCGAUGAACAAAUGCGUUACGAGCAGCAGUUUGCCCAGCUGAAUCCGUCUGACGGGUUUAUUACUGGGCAGCAGUCUCGGGAAUUUUUCUUCAAGUCUAAUCUACCACCGCCUAUCUUGGCCAAAAUCUGGGAACUGUCUGACAUAAACCGUGAUGGAAAACUGGAUAAGCGAGAAUUUGGCAUUGCCAUGCACCUCAUUCGGAAGAAACUACAAGGAAUGGAAAUUCCGCCUGCUCUUCCCCCGUCGAUGCUCACUCCCACCGGGAAUACGGCCCAGCCUGCCGCCGCAUGGGGCGCUCUUCCGGAUGUUCUGCCUAAAGUCGCGAGUAUCCCUGCCAGCGCCUUAGGCAGUGUUCCGGGCAAUGCGCCGGGGCAGUUUGGUCAGGCAGGAGCCUUCAAUCCUCCUGUCAUGGGCACACUUCCCCAUACAGGAUCUUUCGGCUCAGCUAUGGGCGGAUUCAACCAACUGCAGCCGGACGGACAACGCAGUCGUACCGGCUCGACCGCCCCGCUGCAUGAACGCCCAGCUUCCGCCGGCCCGGGAAUGGUGCCCACCGGAGAGUGGGCCGUGCCCCAUGCGACGAAGCUGAAGUAUAAUAAGAUUUUUCACGAUAUGGAUAAGAUGCGCUCCGGAUCGCUGAACGGCAACCAAGCCCGGACGGUGCUGAUGCAGUCCGGACUGCCGCAUCCAGCCCUGGCACAAAUCUGGGCCUUGGCUGAUAUUGAUAAGGACGGCAAGCUGACGAGUGAAGAAUUCGUUUUGGCUAUGCAUCUGGCGGAAAUGGCUCGGCAGAGGGAGCCCAUCCCGACUGCGCUACCACCGGAGCUUAUCCCACCGUCCUUUAGACGGCCUCGGGGUGUUUCCAGCAGUGCCGUGCCGAUUCCAGCGAUGGCUGCGGCAUCCGAUGCUUCUGUUGCCGGAUCUGCAUCAGAUGAUAUCAUGGGAUUUAACACACCAGUUUCGUUCGAAGACAAACGAAAAGAAAAUUUUGACAAAGGUCAAGCCGAGCUGGAACGUCGCCGCCAAGCGCUGCAAGAAAUGCAGCGACAGGAACAAGAGGAACGAGAACGAAGAGAACGCGAAGAAUUUGAACGGAGAGAGCGCAUCCGUUUGGAGCAGGAGCGCAAGCGUCAAGCCGAACUGGAAGCCCAGAUGGCUCGGCAGCGGGAGAUCGAAGAACGUCAAGAGGAAGAGAGACGCAAAAUUCUGGAACAACGUGAAGCAGCACGCAAGGAAAUGGAGCGCCAGCGUAAAAUUGAGCGACAACGCCAUCGUCGCCAUGAACUUCUGAAUGAGCGCACACGUGUAUACGAAGAACUGGCGCACUUCAAAACCGAAAACACCGGUAUUGAUUUACCGGGUGUCGAUGCCGAAACAAAACGAAAAGAUUUGUUACAGCUAGUGGAAGAAACAAGAAAUCAAGUUAGAGAAAGAAAGGAUGUCAUUGAUGGUAUGCGGAUGACUAGAGAUAGAUUGCUGGAAGAGAUUACGCGCUUUACAAACGAAGAAGCAUCACUGACGGAUCAGAGCAAUAGGGCGCGACUGGAGCGGCAAGAAGCCGAACGGAUUGCGGCCCAUCUGCCCGGUGGGAAUAAUGAUUCUACUGCCAGUCUUCAUUUGGGAAUUCAACAAAAAAAGGAUGCCGCGGCAGAACUGUCAGCUAGAGUUUCGGAAUCACAGUCAUCUAUCUCCAACCUUAAUCAACAAGUCGAUGAAAAGAACGGCCGAAUUCGAACCAUGCAAGACAGGUUUCAAACGUUAUACGAGGAGCACGUCCGUUUGUUGCACGAUUUCCAGAACAAGCAGACAUCACUGAUCCAGAAUACACAGGAAACAGCGACUGUGGUCAAAUCUGAUAAUUCAGCGUCUGCCUGGGAGAAACCACAAAACCUAUACCCUGAUCUACAUUCGAUGCAGUCAUACGAUGAAGGAAAUCAACAAACCGCUAACGUGGUAUCGGAUGCAUGGGCCGAGAACGGUUUUGGCCAUGACACCGGAUUCGGCACGGCUGACAAUGGAUUCGAGCAUACAGAUGAUGUUUGGGGCGAAUCGCCCUUUGGUGAUCAGAGUGGCGUGAGCGAAACCCAUGUUGCAGAUUUGAAAGAGAAGCUGGAAGAGAAAUUAAAAAUCCGAUCUCCCUCGAUCAAACAUGAGCACCACCUGUCAUUUGAUAAUGAUUUUAGAAAGACGAAAUUUCGGAAAUAUCGGGCUUUGUAUGCCUACACCGCUGGGAACGAAGACGAAUUAUCUUUUCAACCUGGUGAUGUUAUCUACGUCCCGGAAACUCACGACGGUGAGCCGGGUUGGCUGCCGGGUGAAUUGAACGGUCGCACCGGAUGGCUUCCGGAAAAUCACGUUGAAUUUCUUGGAGAAGUCGAUGAAAUUCCUAAAGAUAACCGAAAAGUCGAAAAACCAGUACCGAAAUCGCGAGGGAACUCAAUUCAGUCGGAUUCCCCGGCGUUGGAUAAUGCUCAAGCUUUAAGCGGUAAUCACAAAGCCCGUGCUAUCCAUAACUGGAAUGCCAAGAAAGACAACCAUCUAACCUUUGCCAAAGGCGAAAUUUUAUUGCUGAAGCAGAAAGCGGAGAAUUGGUAUCUGGGUGAAAAAGAAAAUGGCGGUAGCAAUGGGUGGUUUCCGGCGGCAUGUGUAGAAAUAUUGCCCGAUGAAAAAGGAACAGCGCAACACCAAAAUCUUGUGGGAGAACUCAAAAAGACGCUGCAGUCCCACUCUUCAUUGGAAGGAAAUAAGCCGGUAGCAGAAUCUCAAUACAUCGCUUUAUAUCAGUACCAAUCGGAUGUCGAGGGAGAUUUGAAUUUUAUGGCCGGUGAAAUUAUUCAAGUUGUGCAGAAGGAUGGCGACUGGUGGACGGGCAAGGUCGGAAACCGUAUUGGCAUCUUUCCGUCGAAUUAUGUGAAAGAACAAAGUGCACCAGCGAUACCGUCCCAGGAUUCGUUGGGGAAAGCGAUGUCGCAGUCACAGUCUGAAGAGUCAACCAAGAGGAAGCCGGAAGUUUACAUCGCCGUGGCACCCUUUACGGCCGCUGGACCCGAACAGAUAUCCUUUGCGAAGAAUGAUAUGAUUCUUGUUAAAAAGAAAACGGAAACAGGCUGGUGGGAAGGAGAACUGCAGGCCAAGGGCAAACAGCGCCAAACAGGAUGGUUCCCGGCGGCAUACGUUAAAACGGUGGGAAGUGGAUCAGACAGCGGCGCAACCACCCCGAGCCAUGACAAAGGCAAGGCCCCACCGAUUCCAAAAGCGGAACCGGCAUCAUCCGGUGGACUUUCGGGAACGAAGGUGAAAGCACUUUACGACUAUGCUGCCAUGAAUCCAGAUGAGUUAACGUUUAAAAAGGACGACAUAAUUAUCAUUGUAAGUAAAGAAGAUGACAACUGGUGGAAGGGGAAGCUGGGCGGGAGAGAAGGCAUUUUACCGAGUAAUUAUGUCCAGGUUAUUGGUUGAUGUAAUUUGCUUUUAAAGUGAAUACUGGUGAAUUAAUAAGCUGGUUGUGGCUUUUGGCUGAGUCUUCUGCGUUGCAUUCUGUCAUUCUCGUGUUGUAAUGCUGAGAGCGAUUGUGUGGCAAGUUGUGAUUUUGUUCUCUUUUUUUUGAUAAAUUAUUCCAGAGUUCAUGUAUGUAGUGAUUUCAAUUAUAGAAUUUAUUGUCUGUAACAAUUCUGUUGUUAGCUGAAUACUAAACAGUAAUAAAUAAUUAAUUACGUCCGA